AUGGUGGGCUUGCCAGCUCGAGGCAAGAGUCUGAUAGCUGGCAAAGUCAAGAGAUAUCUUCGGUGGACGUCGGUCAACGCCGAGGUAUUCAACGUCGGCAAAUACAGACGAACCGACAAUCCCCAUCCAGAUGCCAAGUUUUUCGACGUCAACAACGCCGAAGGCGAGAAGGCUCGCCGGGCCGCAGCCGAGGCCGCCGUCGCCGACAUGCUGAUGUGGUUCAAGGACAAGAGCAAUAAGGUUGCCAUCCUUGACGCCACCAACUCCACCAAGUCGCGACGGAAAUGGAUUCACGACAAGAUUGUCGAGGCGAACCUUCUGCACUUGUUCGUUGAGAGCAAAUGUGACGAUGAAGAUCUCAUUAUGGCCAACAUCCUCGAAGUCAAGACCACGUCACCCGACUAUAUUGGUCAGGACCCCGAGGUGGCGGCCAAAGAUUUCCGCAGCCGUAUUCGAAACUACGAGAAAGUGUACCAGACGAUAGACGAGUCGGAAAAGCAUCUCACCUACGUGAAAAUCAUCAACAUCGGCGCGCGGGUGGUGAUCAACCUCAUCCAAGACUACCUGCAAUCUCGCCUCGUAUAUUACCUCACGAAUCUGCACAUCAAGCCCCGCAGUAUAUGGCUAUCCAGGCAUGGCGAGUCCGAAUACAACCUCGAGGGCAAGAUUGGGGGCGACGCCAACUUGUCGGAACGUGGUGAACGGUAUGCGAGAAUGCUGCCCGAAUUGGUCAAGCGGUCGGGGUUGCCAAAGGAUGCUCCCUUGACGAUAUGGACAUCGACUUUGAAGAGAACGAGCCAGACGGCGCAGUAUUUGCAGAAGGAACUCGGCUGGGAGAAGUUGCAAUGGAAAGCACUCGAUGAGUUGGAUAGCGGUGUUUGUGACGGGAUGACCUAUCAGCAAAUAGCCGAGAAGUACCCGGAAGACUUCCAAGCCCGCGACGACGACAAAUACAACUACCGAUAUCGUGGAGGCGAGUCCUACCGCGACGUGGUCAUCCGGCUGGAGCCCAUCAUCAUGGAACUGGAACGGAGCGAGAAUAUCAUCAUCAUCACCCACCAAGCCAUCGUCCGCUGCAUAUUCGCGUACUUUAUGGAAAUCCCGCAAGAAAAAUCCCCCUGGAUGGAAGUGCCGCUGCACACAUUGAUGAAGCUGACACCGAAAGCCUACGGCACCGAGGUCGAGCGCUUCAAGGCCGACAUCCCCGCGGUAUCGACGUGGCGGCCCAAGGGCAGCACGGCAAAACACCACGACAGCGUCAGCGAAGGGAUGCCCGAGGACGUCGUGGGGGAGGCGAAAGGAAAGAACUUUGGCGCAAGGGAUGGCACGGUCGUCAAGGAGAUUGACGCGGGGAGUAAUAGGAGGGAGUUGACGGAGGGGGAGGUGCCCAGGAUCACGAUGACCGGGUUGCCUUUGCCUUGA